CUACUUUGAGGGUGUCAGGGUUAGUCAGAUUUCAAAUUUUCAAUCCUCAAAUAGAGAACAAAAUAGAUAGACCCAACCAUGCCAUUUGGUCUGGUUUCAGCCUGGAACAAGCGCCGUCGAAGCAAGUCCGAAGAUCAUACUGACCCUUGGGUUUAUAGACCUGCGGAGUGCUGGCAACUCGAAGAACAAGUGACACGGCCUGCGAAAAGACUGCAUGGAUCAGCUGUGUUCACUCUCAAGGAGAUGGAAGAGGCAACAUGUUCAUUCAGUGAUGACAAUCUGCUAGGGAAAGGAGGAUUCGGCAAAGUGUACCGCGGCAUUUUACGGUCGGGAGAGGUCGUCGCAAUCAAGAAGAUGGCGCUGCCAGCAAUUAAAGAAGCCGAGGGGGAACGUGAGUUCCGAGUUGAAGUGGACAUCUUGAGCAGACUCGACCACCCAAAUCUUGUUUCUUUGAUAGGCUACUGUGCUGAUGGAAAACAUAGAUUCCUAGUAUAUGAAUACAUGCAUAAUGGAAACCUGCAAGAUCAUUUGAAUGGAAUUGGAGAACGAAAAAUGGAUUGGCCCCUAAGACUCAAAGUGGCACUAGGAGCUGCAAAAGGCCUUGCUUAUCUCCACUCAAGUUCUGAUGUUGGAAUUCCCAUUGUUCACAGAGAUUUCAAAUCAACCAAUAUUCUCUUAGAUGCUAACUUUGAUGCAAAGAUAUCUGACUUUGGGCUUGCCAAGUUAAUGCCAGAAGGUCAAGAGACACAUGUCACGGCCAGAGUUCUUGGCACCUUUGGCUAUUUUGAUCCUGAGUAUACAUCGACUGGGAAACUUACUCUGCAAAGUGAUGUUUAUGCUUUUGGUGUUGUUCUUCUGGAACUUUUGACUGGACGCCGAGCAGUUGAUCUAAACCAAGGUCCCAAUGAUCAGAACCUUGUACUACAGGUGAGGCAUAUUCUGAAUGAUCGAAAGAAGCUGCGUAAGGUCAUAGAUCCAGAGAUGGCCCGAAAUUCUUACACUAUUCAGUCUAUAGUCAUGUUUGCCAAUCUGGCAUCAAGAUGCGUCCGAACUGAUAGUAAUGAGAGACCUUCAAUGGCGGAAUGUGUACAGGAACUCCUAAUGAUUAUCUAUACAAAUUCAAAAGGUUUGGGAAUGGUUAUGCAUAGUUUGAGAUUGAUCUAGAAAAAAAAGGGUAAGACAUGGAACUACGAUGAUUUCUUCUUGAUAACAAAUAAGAGCUCUCUAUAAGAAGCUGUCCAUCCACACGUAAAAACAAGGCAGAGCAACAUGAUUACAUGACCAGGAGGCUUUGCACAUUCUUGUACAGCAUAUAACUAAUUUGGAUGAUCUGAUAGGAGAUAAGGAACUCAAUUGGUUAAUCCAUGGUGGACGAAGCUGAUGGAAGAUUUUCAUUUUUUCUUCUUUCUUUUCCGAAGUCAUGAGUACCUAAUGUUAUUGUUUUGUUUUGGCACAGCUGGGAUGGUUCAAGAAAUUCCAUAUGCCAUAUUGUUCUAAUGUUGAGAUUGAUUUAUAGUUAUAAACCCAAGACACAUACCAGUGGUUUGAUUAUACUCAUGAAAAAUCCAGAGUUCCGAUAAUUUGUAUUUUGUGUGCACCUAGUGUUCCUACAUUAUCUUAUUUUUAUCUAA